AUGACUCAAAGUCAUUGGAUGACAACAGCAAAUGGAUCCAAAGUCAAAGUUCAUCGCAGAAAACCUGAGAUUCCACUUGUCAAAAAUAUUGGAACGGACAGCAGUGACACACAUGGGGUGGUCCCCAAGCCCCUUGAACUUAGUCGCGUAAUUAAUCUUCUUGAAGAUCCUUUAACAGGUAAAUUGAAAGAGAGGCAUCUAUUUGUGUUUAAGAAACUUUUGAAGAAAUGUCAAAGAGGAUUUCUUUUGAAAGAACUCGCUGACAUUUUUAAGAUUGUAAACAUAUGUGCGGAGAAGUCUAAGGAUCAGCCUGAAUAUGCCUCAGUGCUCUGUGACUUCCUGAAAGCGUGCAGGCUUCCCUUCCUGAAGGAGAAGGUGUCCGAUGAGAUCACCUAUGCUCCUGCGGUCAGAGAGUGUCUGUCUCAGAUGGGGUACCUGAUGAGGGUGCCACAUGCUGAAGUCAGACACGAGAUCUGUGACUCUAUCAAGUCGUUAUACAGCCCUGUGGAAUCUAAGCAGUCUGUGGAUGGUAUGGACUGGCUCUCAAAUAUAGAAGCUAUAUCUUAUAUCUAUCUCAAUAAACAGUAUAGAUUGACAUUUAGGCCGCAGCCUACAGCCCCGGGCUACGUAGUGGGUCUGUUGGAGCAGAGUGGCCUGGCAGAGACCCUGGUCCUGUCCACGUCCCUGCUGGAGAACCAGCCGUCUGUUUACAGGCAGGUCCUACAGACUCUUCAGAAGCUGACAGGCUCUUCUGAUGUAAACUGUGGCCAUGUGCUGAAGGCUCAGGGGGCCCAGAUAGUCUGCUUCCAUAUGAAUGACCCAGACCCAACUGGACAAAUCCUGUUCCGCUCCUCUGAGAUCUUGUGGAACUUGCUAGAACGAGGCUGCAAAGACGAGGUCUCAUUUCAGCUAAGCAACAUGGACUGUAUUGUGGCCCUGAAAGAAGCCUUUUUGAAGCUGCUGUUAAACGGCUACCGGCAUUAUGAUUCUCAACUCAGGAAUGACCUUCUCGUGAUCACAACCCUCAUAGCUGAAAAUCCCAAAUCUCCACUUAUUGAGAGUUUAUUUGCCAAGCAGCUCAUUAUUAUUGGCACAUUUCCAGAGAUGAAAAGUCACAACCCUCUAGUCCAAAACCUCAAGCUGUCCUACAAUAAUGAAGAUUUUGAGAUGAAGAAGCUGUUACUGAACUUGUUUGUUGUCAUGUCAAAGGACCUUUCUGCCCUGCAGCUGUUCAGAGAGGGUGGUGUAGUGGUGGCCCUGCUCCUGCUGGUGAGGCCCCCCGGCCCCCAUCCCGGGGGCUCACCGGGGCCUCGCUACUGGACGUCCGUCCAGCAGGAGGAGCUGCAGCUGCAGGCACUGGCCACCCUGGCCAGCGUGGCUCCCCUGAUGCAGGAGGAGUACGUGAGCUGCAAGGGCAGCACCUGCCUGCUGCUGCUGCUGGAGUGGUGCGCUGAGCGGGACGCCUACUUUGGCCAGGGUCACAGUUUCCACGGCGCUGGGGGGCGGGGUAGCAGGAUGGCUCAGAUGCGCUACUGUGCGAGGCUGCUGAGGGCGAUGGCUUCCCUUGGCAACGAGGCAAUCAACCAGGGGCUCUGUGAUCAGGGAGCCAUCAGCCAGUUGCUAGGGAUUGUGAUGCAGAUGGUAGAAAGCCCAAAGGAAGAGGAUGCUGUUACCCUGGAGAUCAAGGCUGAUAUUCAGAUCAUCUUAUCAGCGCUGUGUGAAAACGAUCUACACAGAAAGGAAUUGUUUGGAUCUGAGGGAGUGGAGAUGACGGUGCAUUUCCUCAGAAUGAACCCAGAGAAGUUUUCCAGCGGUCUGGGACACAACAUUCUCAUCCUCUCCACAGUGGACUGUGUCUGGUCUUGUAUUGUGGGGUGCUACACAACAGAAGAUUACUUCCUGGCCAAAGAAGGAGUGUUUCUGCUAUUGGAUCUCCUCCACUCGAGUCCCGGCAACAUGCGAAGCGUGAUCCUGGGCACCCUGCAAGACCUGUGUGACAAUCCCAAGACACUGACUCAUGUCCUGGCGUGGCGGGGCCCAGGGGGGCUGUGCUCCGGGGGGCUGCUCCUGGAGCUCUGGAGGCAGGAGGAGGAGGAGCUGGAGGUCAGCCGAGACCUGCAUGGCAGGAUAGCAGAUCCCAAGAAACCUGUUCUGUACCGCCACCAAGAGGAGAGUUCCCACGUGUCUCUGCCGGCUAACAGACCCAGCCCAGCUGUGAUGGAUGUGUCUGAAAACCUGCGCUCCAAGAUCUACUCCGUCUUCUGUAAGAUAGGGUUUGAAGGUCUAGAUGGAUUGUCAACAAAGGAUUACAUCACUCUAAGCAUUGUGCACAGAUACCUGGACUUCAAGGUCGGGGAGGUGUGGGAUGAGAUCUCCAGAGAGCUGACCCUGGAGAGGGUGAGACCAGUCACCCCAGACAUGGAAGCUCUGGACACCAUUGCUCAGAUGACGGAGGACACGGCGAAGAGGGUGAUCGCUGAGCAAGCCAGCCUCCUGGAGAGACAGGCAGACACAGACAUCCAUGAGGAGAAGGCCAUGUACACAGAGAUUAGCUCCAACUGGAAACAGCGGAAACUUAUAGCCCAGUCAUGGGAUAAUUAUGUUGCCAAGACAACACAUUACAAGAUUCUGAAGGAAUCAAAAGCAUUACAGGAGAAGUCUAUUGACUUGUCCAGACCUGUGACAAAACCAAACGGUUCUGUAUUUCACCCAACACAGAUCCAGGGGUUGCAAACCACGACCUUUUCUGGGCGGGUGAUAAACAUCCAGAGCACUCCUGCUCAUCUGACAGGAGGCCCACUGGCCGACACCGAGCUGGCCCUGGAGAGACUACCCAUCCAGGGAGGGGCCCUGACAACAGGCCCUACUGGGGCCCCGGACCCGGAGUACUUCAGCACUGUGUCUGUCACAUAA